AUGGGGUUCAACAAGAGCAAGAGUGAUGAAUCAACCCUGUAUAUUAAAGUUGUUGAUGAUGAUCUGAUUGUAAUUUCACUAUAUGUUGAUGACUUGUUUGUGACGGGAAACAAUCAAAAAUAUGCUAGGGAGGUGUUGAAGAAAUUCCACAUGGAAAGCUGCAAGUCAGUAAAUACUCCUCUUUCUCAAAAUGAAAAAUUUAGCAAAGAUGAUGGUGCUGAGGAAGUUGAUGAGACCGCAUAUAGGAGUAUUAUUGGAUGCCUUAUGUUCUUGACAGCAAUAACGCCUGAUAUAAUGUUUCCUGUAAGUUUAUUAUCAAGAUUUAUGCAUUGUGCUAGUGAAUUGCAUUAUACAGCAGCAAAGAGGAUUCUUAGGUAUAUAAAGGGAACUCUAGACUAUGGUUUGAAGUUUGAAAAAACAAAGAAGUUGUUUCUUCAUGGUUAUUCUGACAGUGAUUGGGCAGGUUCAUCAGACGAUAUGAGAAGUACAUCCGGAUAUUUUUUUAGUUUUGGAUCCGGUUGUUUUAGUUGGAGUUCAACAAAGCAGGAUGUCGUGGUACAAUCAACAGCUGAAGCUGAGUAUGUUGCAGCAGCUUUAACUGUUAAUCAAUCUCUUUGA